CUGCCAUUGGUUACACUGAUCGCAGCACAGCCAAACCUCUUUCCGUGUUUGAAGCCAUGAAGAAGGGACUUGUAGACAAGAAAACUGCACUAACUCUGCUUCAGGCUCAAGAAUCUGCAGGAGGCAUUCUUGACCCAGUGAAUAGUAUUUUCCUACCCAGAGAUAUUGCGGUAAGACAUAAACUCAUUGAUGAAGAGCUAAAACGCUCCUUAAUCCAACAGCCCGAGUGUUACGUGGACCCAGACACUGAAAAGUGUGUAACCUAUGAGUCAUUGAAGAGAAGGUGCAAGACUGAACCGGAAACAGGUCUUCUGCUUCUGCCUAUCUCUGAAACGCAAGAUCCCAAGAGACUAAUCUUUGAUGGUAUCCGCAAGCCAGUCACAGCACAGCAGUUGCUUGAUUGCGAAGUAUUAGACAAGCCAACAUUUAACCAGCUUUUGAAAAAGGAGAAAACUAUGCAGGAGGUAUCUACGGCUAAGAAAGUCAGUCUUAAGGGUACUGGGGUCAUAGCUGCUGUGAUAGCUGGAGAUCGAGGCAAAAUGUCCUUUGCAGAAGCCAAGAAACAUGGACUCAUUCCAAUUGAUAGUGCUAACAAGCUUUUGGAGGCCCAGGCUGCCACGGGCCACAUCAUUGAUCCUGGAACCAAUGAGAAACUGACUGUCGUGGAAGCAUGUGACAAAGGGGUGGUUGCUAAGGAGGAUAGAGAACGGUUGUUAGCAGCAGAAUACGCUGCCGUUGGUUACACUGAUCGUAGCACAGCCAAGCCUCUUUCCGUGUUUGAAGCCAUGAAGAAGGGUCUUGUGGACAAGAAAACUGCACUAACUCUGCUUCAGGCUCAAGAAUCUGCAGGAGGCGUUCUUGACCCAGUGAAUAGUAUUUUCCUACCCAGAGAUAUUGCAGUAAAACGUAAAGUUAUUGAUGAAGAGCUAAAACGCUCCUUAAUCCAACAGCCCGAGUGUUACGUGGACCCAGACACUGAAAGGGGUGUUACCUAUGAGUCAUUGAAGAGAAGGUGCAAGACUGAACCAGAAACAGGUCUUCUGCUUCUGCCCAUCUUUUUAAAGAAAGACCCAACCAAACAAAUUUUUGAGGGUGUCCGCCAGCCAGUCACAGCCCAGCAGUUGCUAGAUUGUGAUGCACUUGACAAACCCAGUUUCACCCAGCAAUUUACUGGGAAGAUAUCGGUUCUGGAAGUAUCUACAAACAAAAAGUAUACUUUUGAGGGGACUGAACCGAUAGCUGAAGCUAUUGCUGGAAAUCAAGGCCAAAAGUUCUUUGCAGAAGCCAAAAUGAAAGGUCUCCUUCUCGAGGAUUGUGCAAAUAUUCGACUGGAGGCCCAGGCUGGUACAGGCGACAUUAUUGAUCCUAGAACCAAUCAGAAGCUGAAUGUAAAGGAAGCAUGUGACAAAGGGGAGGUUGCUAUUGAAGCUAGAGACAGGUUGUUAGCAGCUGAAUCUGCUGCGAUUGGCUACAUUCAGCGGACCACUGCUAAGCCUAUUUCGGUGUUUGAAGCGACGAAGAAGGGAAUUGUGGACCGAAUGCAGACCGAAAAGACCACAAUUGAACGGCUGGAGACAGAGGAGAAAACUGUUACAUUGGUGUCUACAACCAAAAAAGUCAAUCUUAAGGGUACUGGGGUCAUAGCUACUGUGAUUGGUGGAAAUCAAGGCAAAAUGUCAUUUUCAGAUACCAAGAAACAACAUCCUGAGGAUUACAUGGACACAGAAAUGGAGAAGAGUGCUAUCAAUGAGUCUUCGAAAACAUGGUCCAAAACUGAAUCUCACUCAACCUUAUUACGGCUUCCUAUUUCCAAACAGCAAGACUCAACCAAACUUAUCUUUGAUGGCAUUCGUAAGACUGUCACAGCCCAGCAGUUAAUGGAUUGUGGUGUUCUGGACAAGAAAACCUUUACCCUACUGUUGGAAGGAAAGAAAACUGUUUCUGAUGUCUCUGUGGACAAGAAAUUGCAUCUGAAGGGGACAGGAUCUAUCGGGGGAAUAGCUGCUGGACCUCUUGGAAAAAUGUCCUUUACAGAGGCUCGGAAUAGGGAAAUAAUUUCUGCAGACAGUGCAAUCUUUUUACUGGAAGCUCAAGCUGCCACAGGCUACAUUAUUGACCCCAGAACAGAUCAAAAGCUAACUGUAGAGGAGGCUUAUUCUAAAGGAGUCAUAGACCCUCAUGAUAGAUCAAGACUGUCAGCAGUUGAAGCAGCUGCUCUUGGGUAUCAGGACCCAAAUACAUCUAAGCUUCUGACAGCAAGCCAGGCCAUGAGAAAGGGAUUAAUUGACAAAGACACAGCUCUGCGAAUUCUACAGGCUCAGGAGUCUGUUGGAGGUAUUCUAGACCCUUUCUUAGGUGUGUUCCUACCCAGGGACAUAGCUAUGGAUCGGAAUAUUAUAGAUAAGGAAUUGUACAAUGUCCUUAACUCAAUCCCAGAUUGCUUUCUUGACCCAAACACACAACAUAGAACUAACUAUGCGUCACUGAAGAGAAAAUGCAAGCUAAAUCCCACUACAGGCCUCUUGCUUCUCCCUGCCCCCCAUAACCCAUUGACAGUCCAAGGUCUUAGAGGUAAAGUGUCCUUAUCAGACCUGGUAGAUGCUAACCUUCUGGAAAAUUCAGAUGUAGAAAAUAUAAGGGAGGGUAUAUUGACCAUCCAGGAUAUUGAGCAACGCCUGCAAUCCUAUUUAAGGGGGUCAACCUGUAUUGCAGGGGUCUAUGAUGAGACAAGCAAUAGGGUUAUGCCUAUAUAUGAGGCCAUGAAAGAAGGACUGUUAGCUCCUGGCACCACACUAGAGCUCCUAGAGGCACAAGCUGCCUCAGGCUUUGUGGUCGACCCUGUUAAAAAUAUUAACCUCACUGUCACGGAUGCCCUCAAUAGAGGACUGGUAGGGCCAGAGUUUAAAGACAAGCUAUUAUCAGCCGAGAGGGCUGUGACUGGCUAUAAACUGCCCGACUCUGACAAAAUGAUGUCCAUCUUUGAGACCAUGGAAAGAGGUCUAAUGGAGAGAGGCCUUGGUAUACGCUUGCUUGAGGCUCAGAUUGCCAGUGGGGGAAUAAUUGAUCCCAUACACAGCCAUCGUAUUGACGUGAAUGUAGCCUACAAGAGAGGCUACUUUAAUGCAGAGAUUUACCAGAUUCUAGCUGAUGAAGGGGAUGACACUAAAGGCUAUUGUGAUCCUAACACAGAUGAAAAACAUACUUACAUGGAGCUCAAGCAACGCUGCAUAUUUGAUGAGAACACAGGCCUUAUCUUGUUGCCUAUCCUGGACAACAACGACCAACAGCAUUCCACUCAGAGAAACACUCUGAGAAAGAGGAGGGUGAUUAUUGUUGAUCCAGAUACUAACAGAGAGAUGACAGUACGGGAAGCACUUAACACAGGUCUAAUAGACUAUAAUACCUAUAUUGAGUUAUCCAUGCAGGAGUGUGAGUGGGAGGAGAUCACCACCACUUCACCAGAUGGGUCUUCCCGAAUGUUGAUUGUUGACAAGAAAACUGGAAAAGAGUAUAACAUCAGUGAGCUACUUGAACAAGGUGUAAUUGAUCAAUCAAUAUAUGAGCAGUACACAUCCCAAAGCAUUUCCCUCAAUGAGUUUGCAGCCAUCAUCGGCGGAAAGAGACAAAGAUUUUCAAAAUUAUCAUUAUCUUUGUCAUCCUCAUCAUCAUCACUUCUAAAUCAAGGCAACCCGGGAGACACAGUCACAUCUGCUAAAUGUUCUUCAAUUUCAACAAGGCCUUUAUCACAACAUUUUGGAAAAUGUACCACAACAAGAACUACAACAGUUUCAGGAUCCAGUAGUAUUGUCAGCAGAGAGGUCUCAACCUCAGCAGAGACCCUGAAGCACUUAUCCGGUGUUUCUGUCAUUGUAAGCUCCACUGAUGAAACUAUUGGUGAACAGGAACCUGUAGGAGCAAUCUUCGAUGCAGACAAUCUAGAGAAGGUACCAAUUUUGGAGGCUCGGAAUCGUGGCAUUGUGGAUUCUAUCACUGCGCAAAGAAUGCUUGAGGCCCAGGCAUGUACUGGAGGCAUUGUUGACCCCAGUAAUGGUCAGAGGCAUGGAAUCAAGGAAGCCUGUGUUUUGGGCCUGAUAGAUGACAAAUUGGCCCCCCUACUUAAGUCAGCCGAAAAAGCAUAUGUUGGAUUUGAAAAUGUGAGGGUUAAAAGUAAGUUGUCUGCUGCGGAGGCCAUGAAAGAAAAGUGGCUGCCAUAUGAGGCAGGCCAGAGGUUUAUGGAAUACCAAUUUGUGACAGGGGGACUCUUUGACCCAGAACUAGGUUGUAGGAGAACUAUAGAAGAUGCCCUGAACAUUGGUUGGUUAGAUGAAAGCACAGCCCGAAAGCUUCAAGACUCAAGACGCCAUUCAAAGAACCUAACAUGCCCCAAGACCAAAUUGAAGAUCUCCUACAAGGAGGCACUGGAUAAUUGCUUAUUGGAGGAGACAACUGGGGUCCGGAUGUUGCAGGCAUCUAGCAUGUCCUCUAGAGGUAUCAGCAGUCCCUAUAGUAUCUCUUCUGCCCCGGGAUCAAGGACAUGCUCUAGGAGUAGCUCACGAGUGGCUUCCCGUAGGAGCAGUGUAGACCUAGGCACUCCCACCUCCUCAGUAUCUAAACAAAUUAGUAGCACCAGCUACAGCCUGUCCUCUUUCUCUUCCAGUUCUGCUCUAUAGGGUUAGGGUUUGAAUUAAAUACCAUUCAGUUUCUAUACAAUUAUACUUCUUAACCUGGCCUCAUUAAUACAUAAAUACGAUACAUGCAUACAUUCACAUUAUGAGUCCUUUGUAACCUAGAAAUAUUAAAAUGAUUGUGUGUAGUCUAAGAAUACAUGGCUAAUGUUUGAACAUUUUAGCUCUUGAGCUGCAGCAUUACAUUAUUAUCUUUUAAAUCAAAAGGUAAGAAAGUUCAAAUAAAGUGCAUGCUUAAUAAUAGUUUCUCUUAAACUGAGUUUAGGAAUUUCUUAUUGUUUGCAUAUCAAUUAUUUUCAGGGGUAUUUCUCGUAUGCUUCAUGUUUUCCUUUCAAUGUUUGGGAAUUGGUUAUGAUGGGUAACAUAUUUUUGUGCAAAUCUGAAAUUAGCAGAUUUUCGUCUUAAUUAAAGGAUUUUAAGUGUGGCUCUUUCUGAUAUUGUCGUUUAGUGUAGAUCUAUUUUUUAACUCUUUUAGUGUAGGCCCUAUUGCUUCUGAUUUUGUAACUAUGUUCUAUUACAAAAUAAAGA